UCUUCUCUUCUUUUCCCCACCAGAGACUUUCUCUUUCCUUUCUUUAGCUUUCUUACCCUUCUCCCUCUUCUGUCUCGUGAUCAUCAUCACCCCUUCAAUCUCCUCCAAUCUCUACACAACCCCCAAACCCAAGACAAUGACAGCCACCGAAACCCCCUACCUCGCCGCCCUCCAACGCGACGGCUUCGUCGUGAUCCCCUCCCUCCUCACCCCCACCGAGAUCAUCCACUACCGCACCAUCGCCACGCAAGCCACGCAGCUCACCCGCACCGGCCAAUGGCCACACUUCCGGACCGUCCCCAAACAAUUCCCGCCGUGGCCCAGCACCGUCCCACCGGCCUCCGAAGGCGGCAUCUGGGGGGUGCAGCACCUGCUGCACCCGGAAAUGCCGCACCGGACCGACUUCGCCCGCUUCUACUUCUCCGAGAAAGUCCUCGCCGUCGCCGAGGAGCUCCUGGGCCUCAGCAGCAGUACCAGCAGUACCAGUACCAGCACCAGCACCAAGCCCGACAAAGACGAACCCCUCGUGAUGGAACUCUUCAACCUCCUCGUGGCCCCCGAAACCAAGGACUUCGCCCUCCGCUGGCACCGCGACGACAUCCCCGAGCACGUCGCCCCGGACGAGGAGCUGCGCCUGCUGCACCAGAAGAGCCCGCACGGCCGCCAGUCCCACGCCCAGUAUAACCUGGCGCUCUGCGACGAUCGCUCGUUGAUCGUGAUCCCGGGGUCGCAUCGGCGCGUGCGCACGGAGGUCGAGCGGGAGGCGGACCCGUUCGCACCGGAACUGCCGGGUCAGUUGGUCGUGGAGCUCAAGCCGGGCGAUGCGGUGUUCUAUGAUAGUAAUAUCUUGCAUCGUGGGGUGUAUCGGGCCAAGGAGGCGGGGCGGGAGGAGGAGCCACGGUUGACGCUGCAUGGGAGUUUGGGGUUGAAGGUUACGGUCGAUGAGGGUGAGGGGGAGCAGGAGGGGGAUAGUGGUGGUGCUACUGGUAAGAGUGCUGCGGGGAAGGUGCGGGCGACGGCGGUGUUGCAGCAUGGGGUUGGGGCGUGGGUGCAGCGCGAGGAUGCCGCCUUUGGGAUCGGGGAGCGCGCGGAGAGGAUGAGGGCCAAUCUCGUGGCGAUGGGGUCGGGGGAUGGCGUGGGGUUUUCUCUGCAGGGGUGAAUUGCUGCCCCUCCCCGUGGGUGACCUGGUUUGGACUCAUGUAGAUAUUGUAAUGAGCCGGCGGAAGAAAGGCCUCGUCCAACACAGACGAAAGUCUAUGCGGUUGCACUAUAGCCAGCACAGGGUAUACUGUAUGCAAGGGGUAGAUAAUGAUAUCGGUG